CGAGUGGAUUCCCGGCACGGUGUCCGGUGGACUUCCUCCGAUGGCCUUGUCGGUGGGUCGUGAACCCGAAGGAACGCCAAUUUACGUUGGUCGUGCGGACUACAACGGGUGCACGUUCCCGGUGAAGAUUGUACCGGAAAAACAAUCCGCCCAUAUGACGGUCGAUGGAGUGAAUAUUUUCGUGCGUGAUUUUGAGAUUUUGUGUGGUUCUGGUUUUCGAUGGAUUCGAAGCGCCAAAGGUCACAUUCCUAGCAAUGCUGUAUCGUGUCAGAAGUCAUCGGAGGAGACCGCGCUGUAUGUUGGCCGUGCACAUCAUGGGGAAGGACUGAUUCCGGGCAGGAUUGAUACAGCUGUAGGAUGUUUGUUUAUCUCUACUGAAGAAGGAGAGAUGAGCUACAUUUCGUACGAUGUUUUAGUUCAUGAUCAUCAGUCAAUAGUUGGUUCGCAACGAAUUGAUGAUCGAGGUCAGUGGGUACAGGCAGCUUGUUACGGACCUGUUCCUGCCGGUGCUGUCCGAGCCGGUCAUGAUAGUGACGGAACGGAGAUUUACGUGGGACGCGUGAAUCACGAGGGGAACACGAUUCCGGCGAAAAUUAUUCCGGAAAAGAAAAUGGCUCAUACACAGCACAAUGGGCAGGAAAUUGGCAAGUCACACUAUGAAGCGUUGUGCAGUGCUCAAGUAUCGUGGGUUCCGUUUCUGGGAAGAAUUCCAAAAGAAGCUGUAAGCUGUGGACGGUUGAAGAAUGGAGAGCAGGUAUUCAUCGGUAGAGGAAGCUUUAUGGGAAGUUUGACGCCAGGGAAAGUUUUACAGUCUUCGAAGAUUCUGCACAUCCCUUUCGGAUGGAAUGAGGUGGAAAUUGACGAGUUUGAAAUUUUAAUCUACAAUCGUAACAAAGGGAAUGAUCAGCUCAAUGAAGAGUUAUCUGUUAAAAAAUUAACCUGGCUACCGCGUAAAAACUAUCAAGACCCACCAGAAGGAGCCGUUCUGGCCGGGUACGACAGUGACCGGUCGCCGAUCUACGUGGGACGGGUGAUGUACGAAGGGAACCAACUUCCGGCCAAGGUGAUACCCCGCAAGCAGCUCUGCCACAGCCAGUACAAUGGCGAAGAGAUCGAAAUGAUUUCGUACGAGGCCCUUUGCCACGGGAAUGUUGAGUGGGUAAGAUUCCGAGGAACCAUUCCAGCGAAUGCCGUGGUGUGUGGGCGGUUGAUUUCCGGUGAAGUUGUUCACAUAGGCAGAGGUAGCCACUUGGGCAGUUUGACGCCGGGACGGGUACUGUCCGGCGAGAAGGUUCUGUACAUACCGUUUGGUUGGAAGGAAAUUUGCAUCACCGAUUUCGAGAUAUUGAUUGAUAAUGACUUUAAAGUUUUGAACAAGAAUCUAAAUUGGAUCCACACAAAACGAGAACAACCAGCCCCGAAGGGAGCCAUCCUUGCCGGGCAGGACUUUAACGGGUGUCCAAUCUACGUUGGACGUGUCCAGCACGAUGGCAAUCGCUUUGUGGGCAAAGUCAUUCCCAGCAGACAGAUCUGCGAUACGACCGAUGAAGCGGGCAACGUAAUUCCCAAACUAUCGUACGAGGCACUGUGCGAUGCGCAGGUCGGGUGGGUGAAGUUUGAGGGAUCGAUUCCAACGGAAGCCGUAGAGUGUGGCCGGGAUCGGCACGGCGGGAAGGUUUUCGUCGGAAGGUGCCACUGUCGGGCGGAGAUUAUUCCGGGGACGGUACUGGAGGCGGAGAAGAAGUUGCGGUUUGUCGAGGGGCCGGAGAUGAAAGUGGAAGCGGAGUUUGAGAUUCUUGUUUAUAGUUGUGGGAAUUAG